UCGAAGACAAUGACCAUUGGCAUUUCUCCGAUCCGAAUGUUCAAUGUAUAGAAAUGCAUUAUUAAUUUCGAUGUGCGUUGAAAAAUAAUUCUAGAUUGACCAGUAAUAUCUUAUGUUGAAUAUUGGUGAUUAUUGCAUUGAGGAGACACAGAAAAUACUGAAAAUAACCGGUCGAAUAUUGGGUUCGAGAGAGAUUGGUUAUCGCCAUAUUGGAUAAUUUAUUUACAACGAGGACGAUCGGUACGCUGUAUUCAGACUAUAUUUUAUAUUUCGUGGUUUCCUAACUAAAUAUAAUUAUAAAAUACACUAAAGUGGAGGAUUAAAUUAAGAACGAGCCAAAUUAUAUCAUGUUUAAAUCUGCCAUUGUUUACGGAUGACGGCGCUCGAAAUUAUUAUUUAUUAUGCGUGGUGUAGGAAUUGAUUAUUGAAGAAAAAAGCAUCGUCUGCUUUCAGUAAAAUGGAUGUCCAUCAUUCCUUUAGAAGAUAAAUAAGAUCAAAUAACGAGUUAUCCUCUUCUGACUUUUAUGGUUAAUCGGUGAAUUAUAUUAUUUGCGUAUGAGACAAUUUAUUUGCUUUUUUACAGCACUGUAUAGGGAUUUUAUACUAAAGAAGUGACCGGUAUUAUUGACACAGUCAACAAAAUUAAGCAUUGCAGUUCUUCUCCAAAUAAACAGUGCAAUCCUGACCAACAUGCUACUUUAUCAUUUCCUUUUAAGAAACUUUAAGCAUCAACUUUCUGACCCUUGAUUCAAUACCCCUGUGGAGUUUAAAAUAUUACAUAAGCCAUAAUUAGGUUGGGCUGGAAACAUUUGGUUUCAAUUAGUUUGUAGCAAGCGACUGUGAUUUUCGUGUCUCAAGUGUUUGCGUUUGAAAUGAACUAUGUUGAUAUUGAAUGUUUCGAGUGUGUAUUCAAUUUACCGAACAUAGUUAAAUUAAUGGAAUAUUACACAUAAAAGGGAUUUUAUUAUUGAAAACAUAUGAAUUCGAGAAGAAAUAUUUCAAAAUAAUUGAAGAAUUAAACAUUGAGAUGAUAUACAUAGCUUGUUACUAGUAGUUGAAGGAUUAAAGGAUUAUUGUUGAAUUUAAACAUUAGUUAUUGUAUUUUGAAGAUUGAUUUAGAUCAAGGAUACUUUAAACUUAUUAAACCAUCUUUCAAGGCUGUGAAUGAAAUGAUGCCUGAUAUCUAUGUGUUAUCAUUAGAAGUAUUAUGUUGCGUGAAAACUGAUAUUGAAUAAAUAUUGAAGGGAUGUACUGUAUAGAUGUAUAUAUAUAGAUGUGUAACUAUGAAGUAUCAUUGAUAAUUUAACACAAUGUAGUGUUUACAUUGGUGGGGGUUUAUCAUGUAACAUGAUCAUAGAUAUGAUUGAAAACUGAUAUUACAAGUAGCUACUACAAACUUAUAUGCACUUAAAUCAUGUAGCUACUUGUCAAUGGAUAUUGUUUAACUUUUCACAUUCCUAACACGUUUAGGUUGGUGAUGUAGUGAAUUUUAUUUAUUGUAUUUAAUUUAUACCUGUUUACACCUGUGAUAUUGUUUUUGAUCAGUAUUGGAUGUUUUUGAAUCAUAUUUAACAAAAGAACAUUGUGCCGUUUUAGUUAUAUAUUUAUGAAUGAAAACUAUCAAGAGCAAGAGUAAUCAGGAUUUUCAGUAUUCAAUAUUUAGAAUAUUCUACAACUGAAAGUGUUGUGAUGUUUUGGAAUGCAAUAACAUACUACCGACAUUUUGUAUUGUAAUUUCAUACAUUGUGAACUAAUCAGUUAUAUUGUGCAAAUAGAAAAAUCAAUAUGAAUAUCUCUGGAUCCUCAGCUAGUUCUAUUAAAAGUCCUGAACCAGAUGAAGGUACACCAGGUUGGAUUGAGUGGCAACAACAACUAGAUGCAUACAAGGCAUGGGUUAAUUCUCAAUUACGUAAACGACCAAAUACACGACCGAUAGAUGAUUUACGACUGGAUAUUAGAGAUGGUAAAAUACUGGCAGAGCUUAUUGAGAUCGUUGGUGGAGAAAAGUUACCAGGUAUCCAUACAUCACCUAGUAAUAAAGAUGAAAUGAUAGACAAUGUUCGUAGUGUUUUACAGUUUGUACUACAACAUAAAAUACGUAUGCAUGAAAUGUCUGCUAUAGAUAUUGUGGAAGGAAAUUUGAAGUCUAUUAUGAGGUUAAUUUUAGCUCUGGCUGCCCAUUAUAAACCUUCGAGUGUAAAACAUUCUUCUUAUCAUCAUAUUAAAUCACCUGCACAUGAUGUUACAGGUAUAGCUCAGGAUGCCGCUGUAGCGCUUGCUGAAGCCAGACGUAAUGCUGCUCGUGCCGGACAUAGACACAGGCGUACACGAGAAUCUACAAUAGCAGAAAGGAGGUACGGACACAGAUAUCAAGACAGUAGUUCAGAGCAGUUCUCAGAUUCCGAUCACAGUCAGAGUGGUCAUCACAGUAGAAGUCGGAGGGAAUUACAUCCACUAGACACUGGUAGUCAUAGUAGUAGUCAUUCUUCAAGUGCUCGACUUAGUCCCAGAUGUUAUAAUACACCUACUAAAAACUUAGAUUAUUUACCACGUAGCAAGUCUAUGUCAAUUGAUCAUAUACACGCUAAAGAUAGUGGUGCUGAAUUAGAAGAUGCUGUUAGUGUUGUAGAUAAAUCACAAUAUGAUGAAUUAUUACAAGAAUAUACAAAUUUAGUUCAUUCUAUGCACGAAACUAAAACAGAACUUGUUAUGUUACAGGAAUUGUUAUUAAGAGGAGAAGAUUCUGGUGAUACUGAAGAUGCUACUAAUGAACUGAUAAGACAAUUACAUUUAAAAGAUAAAUGUAUAGCAGCCAUGAAACAUGAUAUAGUUAAACUACAGGAUGAAAUAACGCUACAAAUACACGAAAAGGAGAAAGUAACAUCUGAUUUAAGAUCUGAAAUACGUGAUUUACUGGAUCAGAUGCAUAUAGUUGGUGCUACUGGUGCCAGUUUAUCAGCUAGAGUAGCAUCACAAGAUAAAAGAAUGGCCAGAUUAGAAGGUAAAAUAUUCCAAGCUAAUCCAGAAGAUGGAUCUCACAGUAUUAAACCAGAAUAUCAGAGUUCAGCUACAGAGCUACACGUAGUCAGAGAUUCCUUACAAAGUUUGCGACGUCAUUUUGAAACGAGUUCUCCACACAACCACACGAUAGAUACAUUAGAACAGAGUAUAGCACUUUUAAUAGAAAAACUUCAUACAACAGAAACAUCUCCUCUAAGUCAUACUAUAGCUUCAUCCCGGUCUUUGAUGGAUACGUCACCAAAAAAGUUAAAUUAUGAUUCAGCACCGGAAAAACGUUCUUCCUCCAGUAUAAAUAUGUCAGGUUUUCGAAUGAAUAAACCCAGUAAUAGUCAGAGUAAAAAUAAUCCACCAAGUUCAACUAAUGUUUUAUAUUUUACUGAUACGUCAGUUACACCAAAAAUAUGUAAAAUACAGAAAAAAUUAGGUGAUAUUAAACUGGGAGAUUUUAAGAAGUUAUUUGAUCGACCAUCUAUAUAUAGAUAUCAUUUUAAAGCUUUAGAUCCAGAAUAUGGAACUGUUAAAGAGGAGGUAGCUAAUGAUGAUGAUAUAAUACCUGGUUGGGAAGGUAAAAUAGUAGCAUGGGUAGAGGCUGAUUUACAAACCGAGUGCUGAUAUUAUUGUACCUAUUACUUAUAUAGUGCUAUAUACAAACUACACUUAUAAACCCUGUGCUUUAAAUAUUUCUACUCAUGGAGAUGGUUAAAAAUAGUUUCACUAUUUCAUACAAUUUCUUAUUUUAUGGAUAUUUAUGUUGGAUCCAAAAGGUUUCAAAUGUGUUCAACUUGAAACCCAAUUCAUUUUAUGUGACACGGAAUCUCUGGAACUGGAAGCUUGGAAUAUUCAAAUACUGGAGGUGUAAGCUUGGAAUAUUCAAAUACUGGAACUGGAAGCUUGGAAUAUUUAAAUACUGUAAGCUUACAAUACUGGAGGUGGAAGCUUAGAAUAUUAAUGAAAAAUUGUUUUAGAAUGACCAUAGUUUUAUUAUUCCUGAAAUCUUUUUUCAAAUUGUGUUCAAUAACUAUUCCAAUCAAAACAUACUGCAGCUCAAGUAAACAGUUUUAUUUAGUUCUUUAAUCCUAAUUUUGUUGUGAUAUAAACUUUAAUUUGUGAUGGAGAGAAGGAAUAAGAGGAGAAAUGAUAUUAACUAAUGUACAGUUGUUUAUAGGGGAGAGAAAGAUUGAGUGAAUGAAUAUUGAAGGAGGAAUGAAAGUUGUUAAGUCAUAAUAAUUUAAAAUCUUUCACUUUGUAUGUUUUAUUUGUGUGAAGUAUAUUAAUCAUCUAAAUCUGUUUUUAAACUGUUUUAUUUUUGUUGAAAACUGGUCAUGUUAAUUUAAAGUCUGCACAUAAAAGGGCAUUGAAGAUUUGCACAUUAAUAGCUGCUUGCUGUAGACAUGAAAAAGAUUUGCUUUUGACAAGUUUUUUUUUUACAUAAAAAGAUUUAAUUGCUUUAGCCAUAUUUUUUCCUAUUGAAAAAUUUGCUUUAUAUAUUUUUUUAGAUCAAAAUAUUCACUUUGAAAAUGUUUAUUUUCAUCACAUCUGAAUGCUUUAAUUUAUGAUGAUAAAAAUGACUGAUAAUCUUUUAAAUGUAUUAUGUUGGGUUCUAGUCUCUAGGGUUUUAUCUUUCAUACAGGUAUAUUGUAUUAAUGGGGGGGGGGGGGUAUCUUUCAUACAGAAAUAUUAUAUUAAACUGGUUUAUUUGUAAGCUAUUUAUUUAUACACAUGGAGAUAAUAUUUCAACUACUGAUACCGUAUCAUUAUUGAAUUAUAUUCCACUAUACUAGUUUUAAAUCUGAAACUUUUCCCAUAUCUUUAAACUGUUAUAAACUGUUAUUAUGUUCGCUUGAUAUACCAUUGAGCUUAAUGCAACCAGAUAUAUUCAGGAUUCCUGACAAUUUUUCAGUUAAUAUGGAAAAUCCACAAUGAAAGGGUUUCACAGAGAUAAAAUUAGAAUGAAAUAUACUUUUUAAAUCGACCUCUACAAGACUUGGAUGAAUUUAUAGUUCAUGGAUAAUAUAGUACCUGAAUUGGGAACCUUUGUGAUAAUGUUUUUUUCGACUGAUAAUGUUGCUUUUCUCUCUUGUGGCCUUAUAGUAUACAGUAUUAUUAAAAUAAAAGUUUAUAAUUUUUCUGAUUAAAGUUAAGAAAAUUCUUGACAAGUAUAUAAGUAGGUUUAUAUAUAAUUCUAUAUCAAAAAGAGUUGGUCCAUCUGGUUAUAUAUUCGUUCAAUAUGGCAUUCCCGAUGUUUUUAGUAAAUUGGUCAAAUUAGUUUAUUUGUGUGACAGAGUUAUCUGUUUGUCGCGUUUAUACCUUUUCCAAAUAGCAAUAGUUAGUUCUGAUCGAUUCCACAAGUGAUGUCCCAAAUGGCAAUAGUUAGUUCUGAUCGAUUCCACCCAAAUGGCAAUAGUUAGUUCUGAUCGAUUCCACCCAAAUAGCAAUAGUUAGUUCUGAUUGAUUCCACCAGCGAUGUCCCAAGCACAAUCUUUAAUUUAGUGUGGCUUUGAAAAGGGUUGUUUAGGAAGUUUGUACUUGUUGAAUCAAGUUGAGGUCUAUUGUUUGUUAUCUGUUUGUCACGUUUCUACCUUUUCCAAAUGGCAAUAGUUCUGAUCGAUUCCACCCAAAUGGCAAUAGUUAGUUCUGAUUGAUUCCACCAGCGAUGUUCCAAACACAAUCUUUAAUUUAGUGUGGCUUUGAAGAAAAGGGUUGUUUAGGAAGUUUGUACUAGUUGAAUCAAGUUGAGGUCAUUGUUUGUUAAAAUAUAAAACUAUGUGGACCAUCUCUUUUAAGGCUUAUCAAUGUUGUUAUCACACUCGAAAUAUAUAAUCAACAUUAUUAAUAUAUUAUCUAUGGAGACCUAACCAUAGAUAUUUGCGAGAUGCUAAUUGUAGGACGGUUGGGGAGGUUCGGGAAUUUCCAGUCCAAAAUGGCUGCUUUAUAUAAUUGAGUAUUUUGAGGAAUACUAACCCUAACCCUUUUUAGAAAGGUAAACUUGGAUCUAAUUUACCUUUAACCCUCUUAAAAGGGUUAGGGUAAGGAUUAGUAUUCCCAAAAAUACUCAUUUAUAUUAACUGGCCAUUUUGGACUCCGGAAAUUCCCAAACCUCCCCAACCUACCUACAAUUAGCAUCUUCCGAAGAGUUUAAUUGACUAGCCUGUAAACCCAUUUCCAUGAUAUCAUCUAUGUAUUAAUGUUAUUAAAGAUCUCAUGUUUCAACAUUCACAUGUAUUUGUCUACCUCUAAUCUUAUCAAUAUAUUUUAUUUAUUUUACACAUUUAUAAUUUUUGUCAACAUCUUUAACAAAACAUCAGGGCCCUGUUUCUCAAAACCUUAACUAAAGAUCAAAUCCAAAUUUUAGUAGAUACUUCAAUUUUGAUUGGCUAAGCACUAAAAUCAACCUAAUAUUAUCCAAUCAAAUUACUAAAAUUUGGAUUUUUAUCUUAGUUAAAAUUUCGUGACACAGGCCCCAGAUGAUUAGAAAAGAAAAUGGCGAUAUUUGUGUACUAUGCAUGCAGAUGUUGUUGCUAAUUAAUCGUUACAUUGUUUGCUUCCAAUUAAAAACUAAAAGAUAUCUCCACGCUGCCUUAUAUUAAUAUUUUACAACCAUUUGCUUGUAGUCGUAAUUCCUCAAUAUAUUCCAUAUAUUUGAUGUUUUGACAUUCCAGUUGCAAACUUGUAAUAAAAAUAUUUGUGUCGUUACUGUGUGAUUUUGACCUUAUUUCUAUUAAGGUCAUCACCUAUAAAUAAUAUAAAGGACUAGGUAUACUGUUACUAAUGAUAUUUGAUAAUUGAAAUGGAUAUACACACAGUACAUAAUUCUAUCGACUAUAAUAUUACUGAUUCCUUAUUGUGAAUUAGUAAUUAUAUUCCAUGGAGUUGUGUCCCUUGUAUAAACGAGGCACUUGUUCCUCAAAUUUGAUCUUUAUAUCUAGACAACGCAAAACACCUGGGCCCUUAUUCACAAAACUUAAUAAGAUACAAUCAAAAUUUUAAAAAAUACUGCAAUUCGAUUGGCUGACCAGUAAAAUCAAUUUCCAUAUUGGUCAGCCAAUCGAAUUGCAGUAUUUCUUAAAAUUUUGAUUUUAUCUUAGUUUAAGUUUUCGUGAAUAAGGGCCCAGAAUGAGAAGUUAUGUUUUUAAGAAUUUAAUGUGAUAUGGUUAAAGUUAGGAUUAAUUAAUGGAAGGUAUGAUCUUAUGUGUAUUUAUCUAGCUGUCUCAUUGUUCUGGUCUACUAUAUACAAUCAAGGCUUAUUGUUUUGGUCUAUUAUAUACAAUCAAGGCUUAUUGUUCUGGUCUAUUAUAUUUAAUUAAAGCUUACAGUACAAUUUAUUAUUUUAAUGUACCAGUAUUCAAAAAUAAACUUG